CAUAAGGUGCAAAGUCUAUCCUGUACCUCAUCCGUGGCAUGUAUCGUGUGCCGUUUUCCCCUCAAACGGCAGGAAUUAAGUGACAUACAUAUGUACUUAUAAACUAUUGUGAACUCGGAACUGUGUAAUCCAACACGGUAAAUGUGGUAGACCGUGUAGAAUGACGGCAGUACAAUACAGAAUAGAGGAAAUGUAUUAAGUUUAUAACUUCGUAAAAUAAUCAUGGAAGAUAUUCAUGACAAAUUUUUCUAUGUGUACAGUUCUUCUUUAGAUACAAGAAUACAAAUUAAAAUAGGAACUUUAGAAGGCAAAAGACAACGGCCUGAAUAUGACAAGCUACUUAUUGACCCUAUGUUAAAAUACUCUGGUCUAUAUGGAGUCAAUGGAGGACGUGGAGACUUGGUAGCUUCUUUACAAGUGUGGGCUGGUGGAAGACCGCUUGCUUUACCUGUUCACACAGCUUACAAACAUUUUAUAUCACGUUGGAAUUGGAAUCAAUGGGUGAUUCUUCCUAUUUCGUAUUCCGAUUUACCACGAGAUGCUCAAUUGUGCAUAAGCUUGUAUGAUUGUGCUGGACCUGGUAGGCGAUUAACAGUCGGUGGUACAACAAUAUCUUUAUUUGGUAAACAUGGAGUCCUUCGUCAAGGAAUGUUAGAUCUUAGGGUAUGGCCCGGAGUGGAAGCAGAUGGUAGCGUACUUACUAGUACUCCGGGAAAGACUAGAGAUCAUGGAAAAGAACAGAUGCAAAGAUUAGCAAAGCUUGUCAAAAAACACAGAAAUGGUCAGAUGAAUAAAGUUGAUUGGUUGGAUAGAUUAACAUUCAGAGAAAUCGAAUUAAUUAAUGAAAGAGAGAAAAGGGCAUCCGAAUAUUUAUAUUUAAUGAUCGAGUUUCCAGAAGUUACUAUGGAUGGAAUACCGUACUCCAUAGUAUAUUAUGAAAAGGAUGGAGAUGAAGUUGUUCAACACAGAUCACAACCGGAUGUUGUAACUCUUCCUGAUUAUGAAAUUUUACAAGAAAAUCUUGUAGAGGCAAAGCAUCACAAAUUAGCUCGAAGUUUACGCAGUGGAGAUCAUACGCGAGAAUUAAAACCAACUUCAAGUGUACGCGAUGCUUUGAAUAUAAUAUUAAGUUACCCGCCGACGACAGCACUUUCUACCGAGGAGCAGGACUUAAUUUGGAAAUACAGGUUUUAUUUGUCAAGUCAAAAGAAAGCUUUAACAAAGUUUGUAAAAUGCGUGAACUGGAAAGUUGCUGGAGAAGAGCGACAAGCGUUAGAAAUGUUAGCAUUAUGGGCACCGCCUGACCCCGAAGAUGCAUUGGAAUUACUUGGUCCAGCGUUCACACAUCCAGCUGUCAGAAGAUACGCUAUAACUCGACUUAAUCAAGCACCUGAUGACGACUUAAUGUUAUACUUAUUACAGUUAGUGCAAGCUUUAAAAUAUGAAGAUUUUGAGAGUAUUAAAGGAGCGCAUCAUAUAUUAAUGAAGGGUAAAGAAUCAGAGAAAGUUGAGAAAUUAGAUAGAGAUAUACAGAUCAAUGAUUCUUCGUCCACAUCUGUAACAAACGUAAGUAAUUUUAUAAUCGAAAAAAUUGAAUUUUUGACUUACUACAGUAGACAUAAUUUGCAGUCUAGUGAACCUGAAAGUGGGCAAUUCUCGACGAAUCAAGAUACUCUUAUGGAUUUAGCAUCUUUUCUGAUCACUCGUGCGUGUCAAAAUACCACGUUAGCUAACUACUUCUAUUGGUAUCUUUCCAUCGAAUGCGAGGAUCAAAAUGACCCAGCCAUAAGUGCAAAACAAGACACACGCGUAAAAGAAAUGUAUAUUACUGUGAUGGCAAUGUUUUCAACAAUGUUAGCACAAGGAAAUGCUAUUUGGCAGAAAAGAAGAGCAUUUCUUUUACGUCAAAAGAUAUUCAUUGACCAAUUAGUAGCACUUGUGAAAGUAGUCGCAAGAGAAAGUGGAAAUCGUAAAAAAAAGACUGACAGGCUCAGAGCAUUAUUGGCAGAUCCGGAUCCGGCAUUCAAAAUUAAUUUUUCUAACUUCGAACCAAUACCUUUCCCUUUAGACCCAGAAAUUUGCAUUAAAGGAAUUAUUCCAGAAAAGGCAAGUCUCUUUAAAUCGGCUCUUAUGCCAUCCAAAUUAACAUUUAUGAUGACAGACAACAGUGAAUACAUUGCAAUUUUUAAGCAUGGUGAUGACCUAAGACAAGAUCAAUUAAUUUUACAAACGAUAGCGCUUAUGGAUAAGUUAUUAAGAAGAGAAAACUUAGAUUUAAAACUCACGCCUUACAGGGUACUUGCAACAAGUACUAGACAUGGCUUCUUACAAUUCAUCGAAUCUACAACAGUUGCAGAAGUUCUGGCUAGCGAGGGUUCCAUAUUAAGUUUUUUUCGAAAACAUCACCCAUCUGAGAAUGGUCCUUAUGGCGUUGUACCUGAAGUUAUGGACACCUAUGUUCGAAGCUGCGCUGGCUACUGCAUUAUUACAUAUGUUCUCGGCGUUGGUGAUCGACAUUUAGACAAUUUGCUCCUGACAACAUCAGGCAAACUCUUCCACAUAGACUUCGGUUAUAUUCUAGGCAGAGAUCCAAAGCCACUGCCGCCCCCAAUGAAGUUGAGCAAAGAAAUGGUUGAAGCUAUGGGAGGCGUAGGAUCGGAACAUUAUCAUGAAUUUCGAAAACAGUGUUACACCGCAUUUCUGCAUUUACGCAGGCAUGCAAAUUUAAUGCUAAAUCUAUUUUCAUUAAUGGUGGAUGCUAGUGUACCAGAUAUAGCACUAGAGCCGGAUAAAGCUGUAAAAAAAGUUCAAGAUAAACUGCGAUUGGAUUUGAGCGACGAAGAAGCAGUACAUUAUGUACACAAUCUUUUGGAUUUAUCGGUAACAGCUGUAAUGGCAGCAUUAGUAGAACAACUACACAAAUUUGCACAGUAUUGGCGGAAAUAAAACUGAAUCAAUCGAAAUAAUAAUCACGAAGACUGUGUUCCUUUUUAAAUAUUACAAAUAUUAUUAUAUUGUAUAUAUAAA